AUGGAACUCCAGAAUGUGAGUAACAUGAUUUGUUCAACAAAUGUAGUCCCAUGUGUUAACCUGGAUAGGGAGACUGAAAUAAUCAAAAAGGUAUUUUUACUCACUGCAAAAGGGGGUAUCGUCUGCCGUAUCGAGAUAAAAGACUGUCUUCUGUAUAGAAUGGGGAUAAGAUUUUGCUCCGAAUGUUCUACAGCUAUCAUUUUCCUCACAACUGGUACAUUUGCCCUUGAAUCCAUAAUGUCAAACAGAGCGCGACUGUUGGUGGAACUAGCUCGAAAUUCAGCAUCUAGUGCAGUAGCCUCUCACCAAGUGCCCAAAGACGAUAACAUUAACAAUUUUGCGACCCAAUUGAACGAUGCAUCAGAUCCUCAAAGAACAGAGAGCAUGGUUCAAGUGUCAGUUCAAGAUCUAUUAGGAAAUGCAGAAUUGGUAGAUAAUCCAAUUUUAACAGUCCUAGAAGUGGCAGAAAUCCCAAAAGAAACAUCGCAUUCCAAAACUGAUGAAAAGUUAUAUUAUUUGGAACAAAACACAGAUUCUGAUAGUGGUAUUGUACCAAUAAUUGACUAUCAGGAAGAAGUUGUAGCAGAUGAAGAAGAGGUCCAUGAUGCAACUUCAGAUACUGAAAGACAUUCAGAACCAGAUCCAUUUCAGGAAAGUGGCAGCGAGUAUCUGCCAACAGAUACUGAUUCAGAAAAUAGUUUAGGAAACGAAAACGUUGAAAACCAAGGAGGUGGAAACCAAGAAGAUCGUCGGACACCGGAUGGAAGAACAAAAAAACGUAAGAGUAAAGGGCAAAGAGAUCCAUCGCAAUGGAAACGAGCAAAAAAUUCGCAAGCGAGACUUAAAGGCCAUGCAUACAUGGGAUUUCAGAAAAAUACUGGAGGCAAGUACCAGCAAACAGUCUGUAGAGUUCAGCGCAAAGUAAAGCCGUCAUGUGGGGGACACAAAAAUGACUCUAAGGGACCACAACAAAAAUUUGAAUGUUUGCAAAUUACAAAUGAAAUGCGUAAUCAAAUAUUUCAAUCUUUUUGGGAAAUUAGUUCUUGGGAAGGUAAAAAAAUUUAUGUAAGUAGUCUUGUACUGCACUCUCAGCCCAAACACAGAAGACGAAACACUGCAGAAGAAGAGUCUCGAAAGAAAACAGGGUUUAAAUAUUAUUUAAUAACUAAAGAUAAUCCAGAGUCUACCAAAAAAUAUCACGUAUGCAAGAAAAUGUUUUUAGCCACUUUAGGUAUUGGAGAAAGAUGUGUAAGAGAAUGGGUUUUAAACAAAUGUUUACCAAAUAUGGAGCUAGGUAUUGAACCGGCUUUAGUAGAGCCACCUCAGGAUUCCGAAUGCACAAAAAAUGUUAAUCAAUUCUUAGACAGCUUGCCUAAAGUUGAAUCGCACUACUGUCGAGCAUCCACUAGGAAACUUUAUUUGGAACCCACUUGGAAUAGUUACAGACAUUUGCAUCGUGAGUUUAUUAACUAUUGUGAACGUCAAAACCUAAGAUCUUGUUCUUGGAGACUUUUCUAUAAAACUUUUAAGACAAGAAAUCUUGAAAUUUAUACACCUCGUAAGGACCAGUGCAACACAUGCGUGAAGUUUAAAAAGGGAAAUUUAAGUCAAGCAGAUUACGAUAGUCACGUUGCCAAGAAAGAACAGGCACGGUCAGAAAAAGAGCAAGACAAACAAGAAGCUAUCUCAUCAGAGGCAGGAAACUCAAAGUAUGUCUACACUAUGGACUUACAAGCUGUUCUUCUUUGUCCUUUUACCCAAGCCUCCGCCAUGUACUAUAAACAAAAACUGAAGACCACUCAAAAUUCAUCUACUUCAAAUUCUGUAGCUACAGUAGAAAUUCAAGACAGGCAAAGUCAUCGAGCUUUGGCUAUUACAUCUAUUGCACAAGAAUCAAGUGCUUCUACGUCUGCCCAUUUGGCAGAAACUCAAGAGAUUUUGACUAUUGCUGAAACGCAUCGUCAACCAAGUGCAUCACUGGCUGAACAACACGUCAUUGUAAUUGUUGCUGAAGUGCAUAAUCAACAAAGUUCAACACUACCUAGCCAACGGAACAUGGAAGCUGCAGUUGAAAUUAACAUAGCGAAUGAACAAUUACACGCACUUUCAGAUCCAGUGGACAAAAGAGAAGAAUUUCAGGAGCAACAAACUAUUUCGCCCUCUAUUUUUCCAUAA